UACGGUUGAUAAAGAUUCAUAAGUUUACUCAUGUAUUGAUCAAUUUUCUAUACUUGCUCUUUAUUUUGUAUUAUAAAAAAGCUUUGCAAUUUAUUUAUUUUACAUUUUAUUAUUUUAUAUUGCAGUUUAUUGUUGUAAAAUUUUUACCAACUGCGGAAGACGAUAAUGUUUAUUAUGAGGUUGCUCUGGCCAAACGGUUAGUACAAAUUGAUAAAAAUAUGAUUGGAAAGAUUUUUUGGCCAAAGAAAAAUUCAAUUGCGGGCAAAUUAGCGCUCCGAGGCAAGAGCAGAUGAAACCUGGCAACAGUUGGAAAUAGAAGUUAAAAGAUAUUAUGAAACAUAUAUUUCUGCAAGAAAUGCCGCAAGAGGUUUUGAACAAUUUGCAUCUGCCUAUAAAAGUGAUUCAGGAUGUCAGAUGGGCAGGGGCAUGAGAAGAAAACGACUUAUAAAUCCAUUCUCAUCUGACGAUGAUUCAUCUGGUUCUGAUAGAUCUAAAAGGUGCAAGCAAGAUAAAUUAAAAUCAAAAUUACCAGCUGCUCCUCUUCCACCACCUCUUCCCGCUAAUUCAUCUCGGAGGAAGUCUUUAAACAUUGCUUUAAAAGAGAAUAUUAAUCCAUUGAUAGUUGUUUCUAACAAGAAACAAGGCAAGACAGUAACUGCUCCAACUUCAGCCUCAACUACAGCCAAUGUUAAGCAGAACAGGUUAUUGCAAAAAAUUAUUAAUCUGAGACAGCAGGCAGCUGAUAAGGCAGAGCAACGGAAGAAAGCAAUGUCUUUAGAAAAUAUACAUAAGUUACCUGUAAAAAAAAAAUUAGUUUAUAGCACAUUGUGCUCUGAACCGCUAGAGGAAGAUUUUGAGACAAAUGAGAGUUGCAAGUCUGACUCACAAUCAUCGUCAAUUGUGUCGUUAAACAUGCAAUCCAUUGGAGAGUCAUCACUUGUUAAUGAUAUGUUCAAGGAUACUCAGUCUCGGUCUUUCUAUCAAUCUUCGUCAAAUAAGAUUCAAAGCCUAAUUCAGACUCAGCGUCUCUGUAGUUCAUCCAUAAUAAGUGAUAUACAUCAGAAAUCAUCAAAAGAAUUAAAUGAAUUUGACACUGAAGAAAAAGAUGAAACUGACUCAUUAACUCUAUCACAGACAAACUUGAAUAUAGGUUUAGUAUUAUAUAUUAUAUACUAUGUUUAAUGAUAUACUGUUUAGGAAAAAAAUCAACAUUCCUAUGUUGCAAGCAACAUUUCAGAGAUGUACUCGCAACAAACUUUUCUCU